CUGGAUUUUUUUCGGAUAGUGGAAAACCAGCAGCCUCCCGCGACGAUGCCCCUCAACGUUAGCUUCACCAACAGGAACUAUGACCUCGACUACGACUCGGUGCAGCCGUAUUUCUACUGCGACGAGGAGGAGAACUUCUACCAGCAGCAGCAGCAGAGCGAGCUGCAGCCCCCGGCGCCCAGCGAGGAUAUCUGGAAGAAAUUCGAGCUGCUGCCCACCCCGCCCCUGUCCCCUAGCCGCCGCUCCGGGCUCUGCUCGCCCUCCUACGUUGCGGUCACGCCCUUCUCCCUUCGGGGAGACAACGACGGCGGUGGCGGGAGCUUCUCCACGGCCGACCAGCUGGAGAUGGUGACCGAGCUGCUGGGAGGAGACAUGGUGAACCAGAGUUUCAUCUGCGACCCGGACGACGAGACCUUCAUCAAAAACAUCAUCAUCCAGGACUGUAUGUGGAGCGGCUUCUCGGCCGCCGCCAAGCUCGUCUCAGAGAAGCUGGCCUCCUACCAGGCUGCGCGCAAAGACAGCGGCAGCCCGAACCCCGCCCGCGGCCACAGCGUCUGCUCCACCUCCAGCUUGUACCUGCAGGAUCUGAGCGCCGCCGCCUCAGAGUGCAUCGACCCCUCGGUGGUCUUCCCCUACCCUCUCAACGACGGCAGCUCGCCCAAGUCCUGCCCCUCGCAAGACUCCAGCGCCUUCUCUCCGUCCUCGGAUUCUCUGCUCUCCUCGACGGAGUCCUCCCCGCAGGGCAGCCCCGAGCCCCUGGUGCUCCAUGAGGAGACACCGCCCACCACCAGCAGCGACUCUGAGGAGGAACAAGAAGAUGAGGAAGAAAUCGAUGUUGUUUCUGUGGAAAAGAGGCAGGCUCCUGGCAAAAGGUCAGAGUCUGGAUCACCUUCUGCUGGAGGCCACAGCAAACCUCCUCACAGCCCACUGGUCCUCAAGAGGUGCCACGUCUCCACACAUCAGCACAACUACGCAGCGCCUCCCUCCACUCGGAAGGACUAUCCUGCUGCCAAGAGGGUCAAGUUGGACAGUGUCAGAGUCCUGAGACAGAUCAGCAACAACCGAAAAUGCACCAGCCCCAGGUCCUCGGACACCGAGGAGAAUGACAAGAGGCGAACACACAACGUCUUGGAGCGCCAGAGGAGGAACGAGCUAAAACGGAGCUUUUUUGCCCUGCGUGACCAGAUCCCGGAGUUGGAAAACAAUGAAAAGGCCCCCAAGGUAGUUAUCCUUAAAAAAGCCACAGCAUACAUCCUGUCCGUCCAAGCAGAGGAGCAAAAGCUCAUUUCUGAAGAGGACUUGUUGCGGAAACGACGAGAACAGUUGAAACACAAACUUGAACAGCUACGGAACUCUUGUGCGUAA